AUGUCUAUCGAAGGAGAUGAACCCGUAAUUCAAAUUGAGGACGAAGUUGAUGAAAGUUCAGUCCCUAGUUCAAAAAGAACAAAAACUUCUAUGGCUUGGGAAUUUUUUGAAAAGUUUUUUGACGAUAAAGGGCUCCCAAAGGCAAAAUGCAAAAAUUGUGAUAAAAUUUACAUGGCUAGAGAUGGUGGUGGCACUUCAAAUUUGAUAAAACAUUCGCUGAGAUGUGUUGGAAGAGGGAAUAGAUCUUCUUAUCCUCCACUUGAUCAAGAAAAGUAUAGGGAAAAGAUUUCUGAGGUAAUUGUCAAACACAAUUAUCCUUUUACUUUUGUCGAACAUGAAGGGAUAGUUGACUUACUCUGUUUUUUGCACCCUGAUGUUAAGUCAAUUUCUAGAAACACUGCAAAGUCCGAUGUUCUUAAGCUGUAUAGAAAAGAAAAAGAAAAAUUAAAAUCCUAUUUACAGUCAAUUCCAGGAAAAAUUUGUUUAACAUCCGAUUUAUGGUCUGCAAUAAAUACAAAUCAAUAUAUGGUUUUGACUGCACAUUUUGUUAAUAGGAAUUGGGAGUUAGAGAAAAAAGUAUUAUCUUUCAUUCAUUGUCCACCACCUCACAGCGGUUUUAAGUUGGCUGAGAAGUUAAUAAGUUUGUUAAAGGAGUGGGGUAUUGAGAAAAAAAUAUUCACAAUUAUUUACAAACUGUAUUCACAAUUACUUUAG